UAUCGACAUGUCUCACACACCCUCUUCAAAAGUGGGAGCUAAUGUAAAUGGCUGCUUGCUGUCUUCCCCCCCCCUUCCAUACAUUCCACGAAAAAUUUCCUGGCGCGCCCGCAUGUCUCACCCAUAAAACCACACACACGUGUCUCUAUUUGUGGUUGUAUAAUGCACUACCAGUGAUAUCAGCCCGCCACUCAUCACAAGACGGCACCAAUAAGCUUGUUACAUCGCCUCGGUGGCCGAUACUCAUGCCUACUGGCUCGCCUCAGACCAGCUGA